ACCUUCGCAGUAUGUCCGCAAGGGGACGCCAGGUAACCGGGGGUUACUUUCCUUUCGCUCAAAGGCUGCUGGGAAAUUUUCAAUGUGGCGGCACCAUGAGCCGCUAACAGUAAAGGGAGGACGUCAGCGCUAUGAUGUCCUGGUUCUCCAGCCCUGUCUACAGCCGCUACUGGCAGCACUACCGGCAGGCCAUGGCCUGGCGCCGGAGGCACCAGGGAGCCUACAGGAAGGCCUGGGAGGCUGCUUACGGCCUGGCACAGCAGCGCCGCUACGCCGACUGGCAGGCCAGCGGGAGCGAUCGCAGCAGCAGCAGCAGCAGCAACAACGACCACGCAGAAGACGAAAGCAGCUCAGACAGCGACAUCGAGUGCGACGUCAGCAACAUGGAGAUCAGCGAGGAGCUGCGGCAGUACUUUGCCCACACGGAGAGACACAGAGAGGAGCUGAGGAGGCAGCAGGAGCUGGAGGCGGAGCAGCAGGACAGCUACGUCCCAGCCGACCAGGACCUGCGCGCCGUUGGCCGCCGCAGCAGCGCCGCGCCCCCUGCCGAGCGGCCGGGCGAGAGGCGGGCCGCUGAGAUGAAGAAGCUGUAUGGCCAAGACGCGGCCAAGAUCAUGGCCAUGGAGGCGGCCAUGCAGCUGGUGUUCGACAGGAACUGCGACCUGAAGCAGCCCAAGUACUGGCCCGUCAUCCCGCUGAAGCUGUGACCUUCACACAGGAAGGUCUGGAGAGUUGUCAUCUCUGCCUCUUUGCAGCCAUGUGUCUUCCGACAUGUGUUUUGUUUUGUUUUUGUAUUUUGACAGAAAUUUAGUGAAUAAUAAAGUGUUUUAUGUCUAAAUAUUGAAACAAUUUCACCUUUUUCAUUUUUAGAUCAAUGGGGUCUUGAACUGCAUGGUAUUUAGUUUUUUUUCUGAUCUGGAUUCAUGUAAAAAAAAAAGAGAGAAAUGGUAUCAAGUAAAUAUUUUUUUAUUUCUAGAUUCCAUUUUCCAUUCCGUCAUUAGCAUGAUGAAUGUUUUCAUUUAUGAAAGGUAGUUGUUGCUUCACAGCGUUUUCAUGACUGAAAACAAAAGGUGAACAUUGAAACUCAGA